UCACUAGGCUGGCAUUUUGUUUCUGCGCCUAAACUUCAGCUGGCAGCAUGCCGGAUUUAAUCUCUGUCCAAGAGUUUAUCUGCCAGACCCAGGAGGAUCUGAGCUCUCCCACAACCUCUUCCUUUACCAGCCACAUGGGCAAAUGCAGGAGCACAGCUUCCAGCCUGGAGGAGGCCUUGGAUUUGGAUCGAAUCGUUCUGCAAAAAUUGAGGAAAGCCGUGAAAGCAGAACACACAACUGGACAAGAUCUCAUUAGCCACUUAGAAGUUCAUAUCACUGCCCAGGAAAGGUAUUCAGAAAAUUUUCAAAACAACAACGAUGAGAAGUUGGCUGAAGCUUACGUCACCUUUGCUUUGUUUUCAAAGGAGCUGCUAGAAGCUGUCAGGAGCGUGUUGCUGAGCUUAUAUCACAACAUUAACUUUUCCCUGGACUCACUGAUCAAAGGGGAUUUCAAAGGGGACUUUAAAAAGCCCUUUGAGAAAGCCUGGAAGGACUAUGAGAACAAACUUGCAAAGAUAGAGAAAGAAAAGCGGGAGCUGGCAAAACAGUAUGGAAUGGUGCGGACAGAGGUUGCGGGAGGAGAGAUUGCGGAGGAGAUGGAAAAGGAACGGCGGAUGUUCCAGUUGCAGAUGUGUGAGUAUCUAAUUAAAGUGAAUGAAAUUAAAACUAAGAAGGGAGUUGACUUGCUGCAGAACAACAUAAAUCACUGCAACUCCCAGUUCAAUUUUUUCCAGGCUUGUUUAAAAGCAACCGAGAAGCACAAGCAGUUUAUUGAAAAUCUUAUUCCUGAGCUUCAAAGUAUGAAAGCAAAGCAGGACGAGGAGAAGAAGCAGCUGUGCGCCCUCCGGGAUCAGCUGAAGGCAGCACUGCAGUUGGAGCCCAAAGAGAAUUCUAUUUGUAAACCAGUGAGGUACAGCAUGCACCAGUUGCAGGGAAAUAAGCGAUAUGGAACAGAGAGAUCUGGAAACCUUUUUAAGAAAAGUGAUGGUUUAAGGAAAGUCUGGCAGAAGAGAAAGUGCACAGUCCGAAAUGGAUAUUUGACCAUCUCACACAGUACGCUGCAUCGUACACCAGUCAAACUGAAUUUGCUCACUUGCCAAGUGAAACCAAACAUGGAUGACAAGAAAUGCUUUGAUCUUAUUUCACAUAACCGAACAUACCACUUCUUGGCAGAGGAUGAGCAGGAAUGUAGCAUAUGGGUCUCUGUCCUGAGCAAUAGUAAAGAAGAGGCCUUGAAUGUCGCAUUCAAACAAGCACCAGAUAGGGAAGGAUGCAGCAUGGUGGAUUUGACUGGAGCCAUCAUCGAGGAGAUCAAGCGCAUGCCAGGAAACAGCACAUGUUGUGACUGCUCUGCAUCAGAUCCAGCCUGGCUCUCCAUUAAUUUGGGAAUCCUCAUCUGCAUUGAAUGCUCUGGGAUUCACAGAGAAAUGGGUGUUCACCACUCUCGCAUCCAGUCACUAGCUUUGGACAAGCUGGCAACCUCCGAGCUUCUGUUGGCUAAGAAUAUUGGGAAUUCACGAUUUAAUGACAUUGUAGAAGCCAAUCUUCACAAUGCAGCUCUAAAGCCUACUACUGACAGUCCCAUGACUCUUCGAAAGGAUUUCAUCAUAGCCAAGUAUGUUGAUAGAAAGUAUGUUGCCCAGGGAAUCACAGGAAGCCCAGCUGCCAGGCUUAAGGACCUACAGGAAGCUGUCGAGGAGAAAAAUAUAUAUGUCUUGCUUCAGGCAUAUGCAGAAAAGAUGGAUUUAAGUGAACCCGUUUUGGAGUCCAGCCAGGAAUCUGGGGAGACACUUCUUCAUUUGGCGGUUUUAAGAUGUGACCGAACCUCUUUGCAUAUUGUAGAUUUUCUGGUACAGAACAGUGAUAGCCUGGUGAAACAAACAUCCAAAGGAAAUACCCCACUUCAUUACUGCAGCCUCCACAAUAAACCUGAAUGCAUUAAGCUCCACCUGCGUGCCAAAGCCAACAUUGGAAUCACCAAUGAAGACGGAGAGACAGCCCUCGAUGUUGCUAGGCGAAUGAAUCAUGCUGUGUGUGAGGAUCUGCUGGCUCAAAAUGAUCACUUCAAUAUGCGGGCGCAUGUGGAAUAUGACUGGCGACUUGGCCAAGAGGACAUGUUUGAAAGUGAUGAUGACCUGGACGAGAAGCUCAGCCCUGUGAAAAAGGAUCACUUUCAUCGUCCUCAAAGCUGUUACAAUUUACCUGGAGCAGCAUCUCAGUCAUGGAAAAAUCCAGCAAACUUUUCAAAGGGAGCCAGUCCAGCUUCUCAGGACAAAUACCAUGACUUAUAUGCCGUACCACACGUCUCUAAGUCCUCUCCAGUUUCUCCCUCUGCAGGUCCACCACUGCCACCACGCAACAUACCCAGAGCUCCCAGUUUCCCUCCUCCACCGCCCCCAUCCAAACGGUCUGCCUUCCUUGAAGGCACAACAGCUAGAAAGCUCUUGCCUCCACCUCUAACAAUUCGGCAUAAGCGAACUUCCUCGGAGCCUUCCCCCUGCACACCAUUGAAUCUCAGCAGCCCAACUGAAGACUCUAAGUCUUUCUCCCUUCCAAGACGCUGCUCUCCAGAAGGAGCCUCUCCUAGGAGCUUGAACUCUGGAUCUUCUGAAACCCAAGAGGAAGAGGAUUCCUGGCAGCCAGUUGCUUUGAAAGAACAGGAGGCAUCUUUUGAGCCAAAUCAAUGUUCAAGAGAGAAUCACUGGUCUUCUCCCCACUCACCUGGGUCUUUAGAUGAUGUCCCGCCACCAUUGCCAAAAAGGGGGUACUCGACCAAAUCCUAUCUGCGUCGAGUCAAAGCACUUUUUGACUGUCAAGCUGAUCAUGAAGAUGAGUUAACCUUCCAGGCUGGAGAGAUCAUUGUAGUAGAUGGGGAGGAGGAUUCCAAUUGGUGGUGUGGCAUGAUUGAAGGGCAGCCUCACAGGAAAGGUGUCUUCCCAGCAUCCUUUGUUUACAUAGUGCAUGAAUAGAAGGCGGAGAAGACAAAAAAGCAUGCAUGGAAUUUAAGAGGGCUUCCUCUUGUAAGGAGCAGGCAUGAGACUUCUGCAAUUAAUCCUUCACAUGCACACCUCUUCAGUUUACGACCUGUAAGAUCGUGCACUGGGCCAGAAACUGGGUUCAUUGAUGCUGAAAUGUUGUUGCAAGGUGCAAUCUACUUCCCAUUCAAAUCAUUAGUCAAAUGUCCACUGAUCUGAAUAGAAGAAGAUUGUACUCAAAACGUAUUGGAUACUGUCUUGAUGAAUUCACUGAUGUUCUUCACCUACAGCUUCUCAUGCCAUGAUGCCUCACUGCUGUGGCGUGCAUAUAAAUAUUACAUGUACAUUAACAGAACCUCACACAUAUUGGGGUGUUUCUCAUCCAGAUUUGAUCUAGGUGUUGAAGUGAUCAGUGAUUCAGGUGGAAAUAUCCCCUUCAUUUGGAUUAUUUUAUAUGGCACACUCAAGGUAUCAUGGCAUUGCAUCACAAUCACACACGUAUAACUGGACACUUACGACCUGAAGUAAUGUAAUCUUGUAUGGGAAGCUGGGGCCCUUUUGUCAUGAUGUUACUCCUUUCACUGCACAGGAAGAUGGGUUAAGGUGCCCAGUAUACAAUCAGUGCAACAUUUUCACUUAGAAACAUGCGAACAGAAGAAACUAGAAGGCUGUGGUUUUGACCUGCCUAUUGUAAACAUGGAUCACCAACAUGUUCCAUCAUGUUCUAGGCCAGAGGAAGAAAAGGAAUGAAACAAGGUACAUAAUAACAUAGUACCUGUUGAUCCUUUAUUUCCUAGUGGCAGAAACAAGUGAGAACAUACAAAACACAUAGGAAUAUAUAGCACCUCAUCGGUUCCCUUCACUGUAUUCAUAAGCAAUCUGAUUUAUAGCACCCUGACAGUCCCUAAAGCAAAAUCUCUCCCCCUUGUCUCUGCAGCUGUGUCGACUUCAUGCAUCAUUCUAGUUCUAAUUAGGUAUUUUCUUGUUUUCCAAAAGAAGACCCACCUUUUGUGGGGAAAGGAUAUUCUGCAACCGGAAACUGGGGUGAAACAUGCAGUUCAAUUAAAAAGAGAGGGGCAAUCCCAUAGAAUCUAUUUCUUUUUUUUACAGCAUAUGUAGUUCUGUAAUAAUUAUUUGUUUUGCUAUAGCUGAUAUAGACAGUUGAUAAACAUACAACCACAUUUUCCACCUGGAUUGUAUGACAACUACUUUGUUUUGUCCUAGACACUACAGGGCAAUAUUUAUACUAGUUUCUAGUUAUACUAGUCAAGCCCCUCUACUUUCUGUGAUUUUAUUAUGUAUAACACUUCAACAGAAGUAAGAUCUUAACAUAGCUUUGUCCAAUAGUGUUUUACAUUUGCCUAAAGCUACCAGGAAUACCCAAUGUACAGUUGUCAUCUUUGUAUUGCGUAGGUUGCUCAUAAUCACCCGUGACUGGUCAAAUCCUCAAAUGUUUCUGUCUUUUCCAUGAAUAAACAUUCUGUAAUCUCAAA